AUGGAAGAUGUCACCAAGACUACCACGACGGCGACGAACCCUGCAGACAACUAUCCCAAGGGACUGAAGCUCGUUUCCAUCGUCUUCGCCUUGUGCAUGGCUAUUUUCCUGGUUGCGCUGGAUCAGACGAUUAUUGCGCCUGCGUUGGGGACUAUUACUGCGAGGUUUCAGAGUGUGAAGGAUAUUGGCUGGUAUGGCUCUGCCUAUCUUCUCACCACCACGGCCCUGCAGCCAAUGUAUGGUGCCAUAUACAAAUACUUCAACGUCAAAUGGACCUAUCUCGCCGCCAUCUUCAUCUUUGAAAUCGGCAGUUUGCUCUCGGCUGUAGCGCCUUCAUCCAAGGCACUCAUUGUUGGACGAGCCAUUGCAGGAAUUGGAACGGCGGGCUUGUUCUCUGGCUCCAUCGUCAUCAUCUCUCUAUCAAUGCCUCUCGACAAGCGUCCCCUUGCCUUUGGUCUCAUCGGUGGCAUGUGGGGAAUCGCCUCCGUCGCCGGUCCUCUUCUCGGCGGUGCUUUCACCGAAAACGUCUCCUGGAGAUGGUGCUUCUACAUCAACCUCCCCAUCGGUGGCCUCGCCAUGCUCAUUGUCGUCCUCAUCCUGCACGUCAACCGCAACUCGGAAGAUACGCUCAACAUGACCGUCUUAGCCCGCAUUCUCGAGAUCGACAUCCUGGGCACGGCCAUCUUCAUUCCCGCCAUUGUGUGUCUUCUGUUGGCUCUGCAAUGGGGCGGCUCGGAAUAUGCUUGGAGCAAUUCAAAGAUUAUCGGCCUCUUUGUCGGCUUUGGCCUCAUGAUUGCAAUCUUCAUUGGGAUCCAGUUCUGGAAGGGCGACAAGGGAACUCUUCCGCCGCGCAUGUUCAAGGACCGCAAUGUGCUCCCCGCCAUGCUCUUCAGCCUGUUUUUCGGCGCUGGCUUCUUCCCUCUUGUCUACUAUCUUUCCCUCUACUUCCAAGCCAUCCAGGGGGUCAGUGCCGUCACGGCCGGUAUCAAGAUCUUGCCGCUGCUCCUUUCUACUGUGCUCAUCUCAGUCCUCUCGGGUGGCCUCAUCUCGGUCAUUGGUUACUACAACUACAUCAUCAUUCCAUGCAUGAUUCUGUAUACCGUCGGAACGGGCCUGCUUACGACUCUCGACGUCCACAGCCCGCUCAAGGAGUGGUUUGGCUACCAGGUCAUUGCCGGCUUGGGCAUCGGAGCUGGUUUCCAGACUGCCGUUUUGGUUGUGCAGACGGUCCUCACCCAGGAAUGGGUUCCUAUCGGCACUGCCUGUGUCCAGUUUUUCCAGGUCCUGGGUGGUGCAGUUUUUGUUGCUGUUGCCCAGACUCUCUUCCAGAACGGACUCAUCGACCAGCUUGAAAAGGACAACCUCGGUAUCGACCCUCAGCUCUUCAUCAACAGCGGCGCUUCUGAGAUCAAAUCCGUGCUUGCAGGGAUCAACCGCCUUGAUGCAUUUGACGCUGUCCUGAAGGCAUACAUGCUGGGUUUGCGCCAUACCUACUACAUUUCCGUUGCUUGUGCCGGAUGCGCAUUCCUGUGCUGCCUGGCAUUCGAAUGGAGAUCUGUCAAGAAGGGCGUGGACGGUAAGAAGACUGAGAUGGCACCGGCCAUGGUAUAA